CCGAAACUAAAAAAGAAGACCGUGGAGAAAAUUCCUACGUCCUCUCAAGCGGCAAUCAGCAAACCUAAAAGGACGUUUUUUAAGUAUCCAGAAGCUGAUUUAAAAAAAGCCUUGGAGCUAAUAAGAAGUGGAACCGCUAUUGCAUCGGCAGCUAAGCAAUAUGAUAUUCCGAGAACAACAUUGCGUAAUAAACUUAAAGGAAGAGCACUAGAGUCUUCAGGUCACGUUGGUCCGGAAUCGAUACUUGGUCGUCAUAUCGAAGACAAAUUAGAGGAGUGGUUAUUAGGGACUAGUAGAAUGGGAUUUCCGAUAAAUAGGGAGUUUUUGAUACACUCUGUCAAACAAUUGGUGAAAGCAGAAGGGAUGAAGAAUCCGUUUAAAGAUAAUGUUCCUGGAAGAAAGUGGUUUGAAGGUUUCCUCAAGCGUCAUCCACGCGUUGGACAAAAGAAAGCUGAAUAUCUAUGCAAAGCUCGGGCAGUCGUCACUGAAAGUGGGAUACGUUCUUGGUUUUUUCAUGUGGCAGAAGAGCUAGGCGAAAACAUUGAGAUACUUAAAGAUCCUCGGCGGGUUUUUGAUAUGGAUGAGACCGCAGUACAUCUUGCACCAAAAGGUGGUCUUGUUUUGGCCGAAAGAGGAAAAUCUGUCUAUGAUGUAGCAGGUAAUGAAAAAGAAAAUGUUACGACAUUGUUCAAUGUUAAUGCUGCUGGUGAAUUCGCACCACCGCUAACAAUUUUCAAAUAUGAACGUUUACCCAAAAUUUGUGUUGAAUCUGCUCCAAAAGACUGGGGAAUAGGGAAAUCGGAAAAUGGAUGGAUGACCAGUGAAUCUUUCUAUGAAUAUUUCACAAAUGUUUUUUAUCCAUUUCUUCAAAAAAGUGAAAUUAAAUUCCCAGUGAUUGUAUUCUUAGAUGGUCAUGUCUCUCACAUGUCCAUCCAUUUGAGUAAGUUCUGCAAAGAAAAACAGAUUAUCCUGUGCUGUUUCCCGCCCCACGCAACUCAUAUUCUACAACCACUCGAUGUAUCUUUUUUUUUCCCAUUAAAACAAAGAUGGAAGAAUUUAAUUCGUAAUUGGCGAAUAGAAAAUAAUGGUGCUGAUGUGGAAAAACAUAAUGUUCCAGCUUUUUUGUCAAAGCUUAUCAAUGAAGAAAAUUUCGUUAAUGUUAUCAAGAGUGGAUUUAAAGCUUGUGGCAUAUGCCCAUUCGAUGCUGACGCAGUCGAUUACACUAAAUGCGUUGAAAUAAAAGAGUCUCAAAACGCUCAAAAUAUUUCUAACGAACCCGAAUCACAAAAAUCUGCACAAGUUUUAUCUCACCGACAAUUUAUUGAAAGCAAGAUUGAUGCUGACGUUUUAAAACGAUUUAAGCAUGCAAAAGCCGCAGGUAUUGCUUGGGAAGCUGAUGAUAAAUACGAGCUUUUGUACGAACUUUGGGUCAAGGCAAUAGAAGAUGAUAAAAAUGUAGAUAAUGACCAACAAUCUCCAUCCUGUAUUCUUCUCGCAUCUGAAGAUCUCAAUCCUUCGAUUACCAAUGAUGACAAUGUUAUAGAAUUUGAAUUUCUUGAGUUUUCAGAGCUUAAUUUUGAUGAAGUCGAAGAACCAUUGCAAUCCUUCAUCUCUCACACUCCUAACCAGAAUCCUGAUUUAGGAGUUCCUCUUUCACCUGAACCUUCAAUACUUUCAAAUAUUAAUACCGAUUCAAACACUAUUAGAGCAGUUCUUCCUUCCAGUAAUAACGCUAUCCAAUCAUCACCUGUUAUUAUUAAAGUUAUAGAUCCAAAUCCAGUUUCUACUCUUAGCGCGGAAAAUGUAUCUAAUUCUAAUACAAUAACGAUGUGCCGAAAAUCGUUAGAUGAAGUCAUUAAUCAAAUAGUUAUGUGGCCUAAAAAACAGCCAUCAAAGCGCAAACGUGCUGUCAAACAUUUACCUUCAGUAAUAACAUCUAAUAAAUGGAUAGAAGUUAUGGAAGCUAAAGAAAAUGAAAAAAAUGAGAAAGAAGAAGAAAGAAAGCUUAAGAAAAUUGAAAGAGAAGAGAGAAUUGAAAGAAAUAAAAAGAUAAAACAGGAGAAGUUAGAGGAACAAGCUAAAAAAAAAUCAGCUAAACAAUUAGCUGCUAAGAAACCUGUUAAAUCGCGAAAAAUGUCUAAUAAAUAA